AACGCUUGUCCGGCGCUGCUGCCGCUACUGUUGUUGUUGUUGCUGUUACUGCUGCUACCGUCACCAGUUGUAAUAGCGUCGCAAAAACGCCGCAACCUGAACGCCGCGUGCAGCCGCAUCCUCGCGUCACAAACGCCGCCUAAAUUCAUGAUCGUCGAAACGCACCAAGAGACUAUCGACGACGUUCGCCCGCGACAGUGGAAAUUAUCUGUCACAUUCGUUUCCCUACGAGAGAUUCGGAAGUAAACAGUGACGAGAAUCAUGGAAGCUGGCGGCGCGUCACGGCCUUUGCACGUACUACUCACGGGUCCACCAGGCAUAGGUAAAACUACGGUGUGCAAAAAGAUUGCGUCAAUAUUAGAAAAAAGAGGUAGCAGAUUCGAUGGAUUUUACACGGAAGAAGUACGAGAUCGAAGCGGCUCUAGGAUCGGCUUUGACAUCGUGGGAGUAAAAGAUCCCGAAAAAAGAUUAUCCUUGGCACGGUUAAAAAAUUUAACAGAGGCUCAAAAGGCUUUCAAGUAUCAAGUAGGGAACUAUCGCGUUUUCCUGGAUAAUUUCGAAGUUAUAGCACUCCCAAUAUUGGAUUUAGACACCGAUAUAUUGCUUGUCGAUGAAAUCGGCAAAAUGGAAUUAUUUAGCGAAAACUUCAAGAAGAAAGUAACGGAUAUAUUUUUCGGUUCUUCCAAGAAAGCUUUCGUGAUUGGAACUAUCCCACAAAUACACAAAGUACCGCAACAACACGCGGUAUUGUUUAAGAAAUUACACGCAGACGAGAGAAUUAAAAUACUGAACGUAACUCAUGGAAAUCGAAACAAUUUACCAGAGAAGAUUACUCAUUAUUUUUCGUAACUUUAUAACGCUUAACGCAUUCAUUAUGUAUUAUUAUCUCAUUAUCCGCUUAAAAUAAAAUCAAUUUAUAUAUGUA